ACUUUGUUCCUUGUUUCCUUACCCGGUGUGAUCAACAUCUGGUGGCGCCUAUCAGGUCUCAACUUGAAGAUAUAAAAGAGUCACAUAGUCUUGAACGGAGAAAUUCGUUGUUGUCAACGAAAAAUUGCCAAAGUGCAAGUCGUCGACAACCUGAAGCGAAUUUUGAUACAGGCACGAUAAGAAGUCAAGUUUUGGUCCAAGCUGCGCCGAGCUGAACAAGCCCCAAACUUUGCGUUAACCGCCUUCAAAACCAGCACUACGAUUACCAAUCAGGAAGGGUAUCACAAGGGCGCAGAUACGGACCUCAUCCUCCCACCUUGUUGAAAAGUGGUCAACAGGUCCUUCUUCCAACAAUAGUUUCCCGAGUCACCUUAACCAACAAUCACGACACCACUUGUUUAAGCAAAUAUCUCCUACAAUGGCAGCCCGGCAAUUGUGGACUCCUCCCAAGGAGGCUGAAGCGGGUCUCUGGAACCCUGGAGCGCCGAGACUCUGGUCCCCUAGAGAAAGGAGCCAGUCGACAAGCACAGUUUCCUCAGUCUUCUCAGCCUCUAACGCUGAUGGAAGGAUACGCUAUUCCGGCCGGCGUUUUGCGCAAAUCAUCAAGCUGAAGGCCGAGUACAUCGACAAGUACCGGGAGGUCCAUGCUGCUGUGUGGCCUGAGGUUGCGAAACAGAUCAAGGAGUGCAACAUUCACGAUUAUAGCAUCUUCCAUGACCCGGACACCGGCAUCCUCUUUGCCAGUUUCAAGUACGUCGGCUACGACUAUGAAGGAGAUAUGGAGAAAAUGCGCGAGAACCCAAAGGUUCGCGAGUGGUGGAAGAUGACAGAUGGAUUCCAGGAGUCCAUGGUCCCGGGAGCAAAGAACAGCGAGUCGGGAGAGCCGUCGUGGUGGAAGCCAGUUGAGGAGGUUUUUUACCAGGCAUAGAGUCUGUGGAUUUUCUGUAUCUUUUCGUUUGCGGUCGUUGUGUUCGAUGUCUGUUUUGUAUUAGCGCAAAUCCUACGGCACCAGCGGGUAUUCGUGCCUAUCCAACACAUGCCCGCUUCUGGGUGUGGCCUGUGAAUCUGAUAGACGGAGUCGAGCUGUUAAUUGACCGUUACUUGCGCCAGGAGACU